AUGCUUUUCCCAAGUUCAGUUCUUUGCAAUGAAGCCGGUCAAGGAGUUCUUAGACAGAAAGUUCGUAAUGCAUCAACUCAUUUGAAUAGAGAUUGGAACUUCUGCUCUUAUGCUGUAGAAGGCACACGAGAAUGUAAGGACCUUAACAUCAACGUAAAAUGCGAUCACCGUGCCAACAGACAGACAAGGCAAGCUCAAAAUAGGGAAGAAGAUCAGGACGGUGGCACCUACGUAAUCGAGGCCUUAGUACCAGUGAAAAGUGAUCCAAGAGAAGGCCGACAAACCAGCGACACUUAUAACGUGGAAAUUUCAUUCCCUGCCGUCAACGAUCCAGUAAUCCAUUCCAACACGAACGAACGCUCCAACGUUCAAAGGCUUCUUGAAAAAUUAAUUUUGGAAGAAGAUCAAUUUGAUGUACGUGAAAUUCUGCCAAAUACUGUUCCUGAUCCAGCAUCUCUUGAACUAGAAUCGGAUUAUGCUUGUCCUGAAGGCAGAGUUGUAGUAGCUCCUGAUUGCGUUCCGUGCGCUGUUGGUACUUUCUACGAUAAAAAUACUCGAUCAUGUAUUCCUUGCCCACUCGGAAUGUACCAAAGCGAGGUUGGCCAGAUGCAUUGCUAUGCAUGUCCGUCCAUUGCGGGUAAACCAGGAGUAACUGUUUCACCAGGCGCCAGAGUUGUAGAAGAUUGUAAAGAGCGUUGUGACCCUGGAAAAUUCUUUGACCAAGAAGCAGGUCAGUGCAGAAAUUGCGGCCACGGUUUCUACCAACCUGAAGAAGGAACUUUCGCUUGCAAGAUUUGCGGACUUGGAAAAACUACAAGGACAUCAGAUGCUACAUCGAGAGACGAAUGUAGAGAUGAAUGCGCAUCAGGACUACAAUUGGGAAUUGAAGGACGUUGUGAACCUUGUCCACGCGGAACAUUCAGGACCCAGGGCGUUCAACCAGCAUGUCAGAGCUGUCCACGAGGAAGAACGACACUGAAGGUUGGGGCAUCAGCCGUUGAAGAAUGCUCACUACCCGUUUGCACACCUGGAUCAUAUUUGAACGGAACAUUGAACAGCUGUAUAGAAUGUCGCAAAGGCACCUAUCAAUCUGAAGCACAGCAAACAUCUUGUUUACCUUGCCCACCUAAUACCAGCACCAAAGGACCAGCAGCUACAAGCCGUGCUGAAUGUACGAAUCCUUGCGACAUGAGCGGUCCGGACAUGCAUUGCGACACCAACGCCUAUUGUCUACUUAUUCCGGAAACAAGUGAAUUCAAAUGUGAAUGCAAGCCUGGAUACAACGGAACUGGCAAAGUUUGCACAGAUGUCUGCGAAGGAUUCUGUGAGAACGAGGGUCAAUGUAUCAAGGACGCUCGAGGUGCACCCGCCUGCCGAUGCAUUGGAAGUUUCACUGGACGCCACUGCACGGAGAAAUCUGAGUUUGCUUACAUUGCUGGAGGAGUUGCUGGUGCCGUUAUAUUCGUCAUCUUGAUCGUCCUGCUCGUUUGGAUGAUUUGCGCAAGAUCUUCUCGCAAGAAGGAACCAAAGAAGAUGUUAAGCCCUGCCACCGAUCAGAACGGAUCCCAAGUCAACUUCUACUAUGGAGCCCACACGCCCUACGCCGAAUCGAUCGCCCCAUCUCACCAUUCGACUUAUGCCCAUUACUACGAUGACGAAGAAGAUGGUUGGGAAAUGCCGAACUUCUAUAACGAAACUUAUAUGAAAGACGGUCUUCAUAAUGGAAUGAACGGAAAGAUGAACAGUCUGGCCAGAUCGAAUGCUAGCAUAUAUGGGACAAAGGAUGAUUUAUACGACAGACUGAAGAGACACGCUUAUACAGGAAAAAAAGAUAAAAGCGAUAGUGACAGCGAAGGUCAGUGAAAUACACGUCGCAC